AUGUCUUGCAAGGAACACAAGGUGGUGCAUGAGGCGCACAAUGUGGAAGCACGCAAGACGCCCGACCACUUCUAUCGGUCGCAACCCGGCCCGUCGUAUGUGCAGGAUAUAGAGCAAUAUCGGACGAUGUACCAACAGUCAAUUGAAGAUCCGGAUGCCUUUUUUGGUGAGAAGGCGCGGGAGUUCUUACACUGGGAGAAGGACUUCACGCACGUUCGGGCGGGGAGUUUGCGGACCGGGGACACGGCGUGGUUUCUCAACGGUGAGUUGAACGCAGCUUACAACUGUGUGGAUCGGCACGCGCUGGAGAAUCCAGACAAGGUGGCGAUAAUCUACGAGGCUGAUGACGAGGCUGACAACCGUGUUGUUACAUUCGGUGAGCUUCUACGGCAAGUGUCGCAGGUGGCAGGCGUGCUACAGUCGUGGGGCGUGAAGAAGGGAGAUACUGUUGCUGUCUAUAUGCCGAUGAUCCCGGAGGCGGUUGUGGCAAUGCUCGCCGUCGCCCGUUUAGGCGCCGUGCAUUCCGUGAUUUUUGCCGGAUUUUCAUCUGGGUCGCUACGUGAUCGUAUCGUGGACGCUGAAUCCAAAGUGGUAAUAACGUGCGAUGAGGGCCGCCGUGGUGGGAAGACAGUGCACACAAAGAAGAUUGUAGAUGAGGGCCUAGCUGGCGUUGGCGUUGUCAGCCACAUUUUAGUGUUCCAGAGAACCGGUUCCGAGGGAAUUCCAAUGAAGGCCGGCAGGGACUUCUGGUGGCACGAGGAGGUACGCAAGCAACGAGGCUAUCUUCCACCGGUUUCUGUGAAUGCAGAAGACCCGAUCUUCCUUCUCUACACCUCUGGGUCUACCGGAUCUCCUAAAGGAGUGGUCCACACCACUGGCGGGUAUUUGCUAGGCGCCGCUCUAACUACCAGGUAUGUAUUUGACAUCCAUCCUGAGGACGUACUUUUCACUGCAGGCGAUGUCGGCUGGAUUACUGGACACACCUAUGCGCUCUACGGUCCAUUAUGCCUAGGAACUGCUACUAUAAUAUUCGAGUCUACUCCGGCGUAUCCAGACUAUGGCAGAUAUUGGCGGAUUAUUCAGCGCCACAAGGCGACACACUUCUACGUUGCACCAACGGCCAUGCGGUUAAUCAAGACUGUUGGGGAGCAAGAAAUUUCAAAGUACGAUUUAUCCUCUUUGAGAGUUCUAGGGUCCGUCGGGGAACCGAUCGCUCCAGAUUUGUGGGAAUGGUACAAUGAAAAGGUGGGCAAUAACAACUGUGUUGUCUGCGAUACGAUGUGGCAAACUGAGUCUGGUUCACAUUUGAUUGCUCCUUUGGCUGGUGCAAUUCCAACAAAGCCGGGAUCUGCAACUGUCCCAUUCUUUGGUAUUAAUGCGUGUAUCAUUGAUCCUGUUACGGGUGAUGAAUUGGAGGGCAAUGACGUGGAAGGCGUGCUUGCGAUCAAGUCACCUUGGCCCUCGAUGGCGCGUUCAGUCUGGAAUAAUCAUGACCGCUACAUUGAAACGUACCUAAAACCCUACCCUGGCUACUACUUCACAGGUGAUGGAGCUGGAAGAGAUCAUGACGGAUAUUACUGGAUCAGAGGCAGAGUUGACGAUGUCGUAAACGUUUCGGGUCACCGUCUCUCUACUGCUGAAAUAGAGGCCGCGUUAUCGGAACACGAGGGUGUAUCGCAGGCCGCUGUCGUUGGUAUUGCGGAUGAGCUAACUGGACAAGCCGUUGUUGCUUUCGUGUCUUUAAAGGAAGGAUAUGGAAGAGGAUCUUCUACGGAUACGGACCCGGAGUCGAUCGCACCCGAUGUUGUUCCUUUAGACACUCUGCGCCGCGAGCUAGUGCUGCAAGUUAGAGCAGAAAUCGGUCCAUUUGCUGCGCCAAAAUCGGUUAUUGUCGUGGACGAUCUUCCCAAGACCAGAUCUGGCAAGAUCAUGAGAAGAACACUAAGAAAAAUAUCGGCAAAUGAGGCCGACCAGCUUGGUGACUUGUCUACGCUUGCGAACCCAGAGACAGUUCCCGCCAUUAUUGCUGCUGUAGGUGCCCAAUUUCUCAAGGGAAAGAAAUAA